AUCUUCCACUCAGACUCAAGGCUUACUUGGGACCAUGCUAUUAUCCGCUUCGACAUGCAUAGCUACUUUCAAAUGCCACACACCAUCCCUGACCCUCUUUCCUUCGUCCUGAACAGGUUCCCUUCCAACCCCCCCCGCCGCCGUCCCAAAGUUUCCUGCAUUUGGUCCUAUGCCCGAAUAUUCCACGAACUGGACUAUAUCCUCCACAACAAACCACCUACUGAACUCACCAUUUCUGGCGUUAAACUGGUGAAUUGGUUAAAUCAAUCAUAG